CUGCAGUCGGUGCAUCGUGGCGCCAGAGCCGGAAAAAUGUGAAGAGAGACUGGUUGAAUGACUGGCUGCUGUGAAUUGGAAGUCCUUUCAAGUUGUGUGCUCAAAAUGGUGUGCUGAAUGAGGCAUUACAGGGUCCGCUCAAUUCUUAAAGGGAGGCUGUCCGGCCCCUGUCCGGUCUCUGUUUCCCAGGCUGAACCCAGGCCUGCUUACGCUACCGUAGAUCCGUUGAGGAGACUAGUGGCUCUUCAAGAUAGCUUCCCUGGUUUCAAGGAUUAAAUGAUGGCGCAAGGCGUCUACCUUGACAGCAGGCCGGGAGCUUGGUGUUCUGGCUGUGCAACUUUCGUAUGUCUGAUCCUCUUAGCUUCUUUGGGGAGGAUGCCGGUCGCUCUUGGGAGUUCCUAUCCGUAUCUAUCCGGCCUCAAUAAUGUGAUUGUCCCAGGACAGCUGACAUUGAGCUACUUUGACUACCUUGGGGGAUCCCUUAGCAACACACAAGAAUGCCUCUGGUCAAAUGCCCCCAUGUCCAAUGGUAGCAGCAAUGCCGCCUUGGGGAUCCGAGGCUGCCUCAAGUCUACAGACUUUGCGGCCUUGGGAGACAAGUGGAGCUACAACUACAGUUCCUGCGCGUUCCAGUACUGGGGCGCCAGCAACAGAAACCGCCUCUGCUUAGAUGCAGCUGAGUUGAACGUUGGCAGAUACGAGCUCUGGACGGCAGCUCAAGCUUCAAACAGCCCCCCAGGUUACAGCUGGUAUUCUGGCUAUGAUCUCAACCCGGAUUCUGCAAACCUCGUUCUGCAAUUACUGAGUACCUCCUGCACGCUUAACCCGUGUGGCUCUUGCAAAGUCAACCAAACCCUACUUUGUGGAGCAAACAAUGGGCUCAUUUCCAACAACCCCGCCAACUGCGCCCAGCUCUGUAACUCGCUGUCUGGAUGCGGCUGUGCGGGAUUUGUUGUGGAUCCCCAGUCCGGGUGUUGCUACCUGAAGAACGUAUCUCCUUCGACUGCGUUUGUAAAGGCGAGCAAGGGAUUCGAUGCCUACGUGCGAUCCGACGUAGUCUCGCAAGCGCGCACGACUUGGUUGAAUACAGAUUCUACCCUGGUACGAGUUAGCCCCUGCACGGAUAAGUCAUGCCCUUUCGACAACCCUCCGCCCGUAGAUCCACAGCAAUGGAUCUGGAAUGGAACCUCGAUAAAGCUCCUGGGAUCCGAUCUCUGGCUUAUGUAUAACGCCACCUUCUCGAGCUUCUACAUGACAAACGUUCGGGCUGGAGCAUCACAGUUGCGUUUUGUCAUUCCCCUGGCGGAUGGUUCUGGGACGGAUUUGUAUACCCCUCAAGUUGCCCAAAACUAUGGGGCAGGAGCGGGCUUCGGUUCUGUGAACCCUCCGUACAUGAACGGCUGUGACACUUACGGCUUCAGUUCGGCCACGCCUGCCUCUUGCAGCAGUAUCUGCUCCAGCUUACCCUCUUGUUCGCUGUACGUAUUUGACCUUGGGUUGCAGGGCCACGUGCCCUGCUGCUUCUUUUUGAACGCAAGCGUGUUAGCGAACCCCCUGGACCCCGCCGUUUACGGGGAAGCCGCGUACUUGAACGGCUCAGUUUACAACAGCCUGUUUCCCACUUCUCCUCCGUCGCCUGUUGCAACUCAACAAUCCGGGGGCUCUAAUGCAGGCAUCAUUGCGGGGAUCGCAGCUGCAAUCAGCAUCUUAGCUUUGCUCUUCCUGGGUGCUGGACUCUACUGCCUCUACCGCAAACGAAAGCGCCACCAAUUGGCCUUACCUGAGGGCGAACCCAGCAGGCUGCUGCGAGAGCGGUUGCCAGUCAUUACGUCCUUGUCGACGCAGCCUAAGUCCGGCGCUCUAGGAAGACAGGCCCAGGUGAGCCAGGCACUCGGCCGCUCCUGGCGCGAGUUCACGCGUGCCGAGCUCGAGGAAGCAACCGGCGGGUUUGCGAAGCAGGCUCUGCUUGGAGAAGGAGCAUUCGGACAGGUGUUUCUCGCCGUGUUACCAGACGGGGAAAGGCUGGCGAUCAAGCAACUCAAGGCCGGGGGGAAGGACGUGGACGCGCGCGAGUUUCUGAGCGAGAUUAACGCCUUGGGCCGCGUGCGUCACCGCAAUCUUGUGUCGCUGCGUGGGUAUUGCGUCACAGACGUUGACUGCUCUUUGGUGUUGGACUAUGCGGAAAAUGGGAAUUUGGGAUCCGCGCUGAGCAGCCGCUCGAAGCUUCCUCUCGACUGGGACACCCGCAUGAACAUCGCAGUGGGCGCUGCUCGGGGCCUCUCUUACUUGCACAACGACACGGAGCCACGCAUCAUCCAUCGAGACGUCAAGUCCGCCAAUAUCCUCCUUGAUGCAAAUAUGCAAGCGAAGGUUGCUGACUUCGGUUUGGCGAAGCUGGUCGACAGUGACCAGCAUGACCAGAACACCAUGGUACGGGGCACGUUUGGUUACUUGGCGCCGGAGAUGGUUUACACUGGAAAAGUAACGCCCAAGAGCGACGUGUUCAGUUUCGGCGUGGUGCUCCUAGAGAUCGCAUCCGGAUUCAGGGCAAUCGAAGUCGCAGCAGACGGUUCCAAGCAGAAUCUCGUUGAAAUGGCACUCCGAAAUCGGCACCAGCUGCUGGUCAUGAUCGACUCGCGGCUCAAUGGGCAGUUCUCACCGGAGGCGGCGACACAGUUUCUCACAAUCGCUCUUUCGUGUGUUGCUCGAGACGACGGUGCAAGGCCGAACAUGAGUGAAAUCCUGUUCCGACUCGAGAGCAUCUCUAAGGGCACAGCACUUCCAGCUGAUCAUCCGCCCCCUCAUGAGGACUCCGGGAGUUGGGUAGUCGGGUCAACUAUGAUGGGGCCAGGGUCCUCGAGUGAUGGGCUUUCAAGUCGAAGUCAUUCUACGUGGAGUCAGCCAAACACCACCAGCGAUUUGGGCCAUAGUUUUAAUUAUCAGAUGACUAUGAUACAAGAAGGCCGUUGAGUCGUGCUUUGCUCGUGAGCUUAGUUUCAUCUUUGAAUAAGGAACAAGACUCCAAGUAUUGUAGGAUCGAUCAAUUGGUGUAGCUAAGUUUCAGAUGGUAUAGUCCAAACCAAGCUUCUUUCUUGUGUCUACACUUCAAGCUGCAUGGUAAUUUAGUAAUCCUGUCGUGCGCCCUUAGUGUCAUCCCG